GCUCGCACUGUGGGCUGUCCCCCCUGCGCUCUGCUCGACUCGGGUUACAGUUGAGCUCGAGCUGCUGCACACACCGGAGCGCAGAGACUGUUGUUCACGGUUUUUAAAAAAAGACACACACACCGGCAUGGAAACGUUGGCAGGCGGAUUUAGAGGCGCCGAGUGGGCUGGUGCGCAGGUAUAACCUUCCAUCGGCACUUUUUGUGCCUGAGCAGCAACAACAAGCAAGGUGCGGAGACGUUGUGUUUUUACGCACUGUUCACGCAGCAUGCCCGAGUUGGAAUAGAAGCACCCCUGCUGGAGCGCAACACGCACGCGGAACGGCGCUGAGAGCCGGGAGGGAUAUUUACAAUAGAAACUCAAAUCCGUUGCGAAGAAGAAUAGCAAGGGGGAGGAGGAGUGAAAGAUAACACUGGAAUGAAGUGGACCUCGGGAUUCCCAGCGUGCUGCGGAGUUGUGACUGAUGGAUGAAUGUGGUCAUCUGUAGGCUAUAAACAGCGACAGGUACAGACACCAUCAGGGGAGCUCUGACAAAGACUCGGUGCAGCGCUUCAUCGGCAGACGCAUCGCCAAACUGUGGCUCCAGAAACUGUACGAUCGCUUAGAUCUGUUUCUUCACUCAUGAGAUCGUAUCCUUGAGUUGUCUCCACUGAGUAAUAAGGUCGCGAGAGCUGUUUUUGUCUCAGCUACAGGUCAAGCAGGACACUCGGGGGCUGCUCUCCUCCCAGAUCCCACCAAGAAUCGGGGGCUUCUUUCCACGUCCUGCGGACAGUUCAGUCAAGGACACGGGGGCCUGGAGCAGAUUUUUAAGAAGUCGGACAGAAGGACAUGUAUCUGAUAUCGACCUCACAUGCUCCCGACUGAUCGUAGCUCACCUUCCCACCGGGCGAACCACAGAGAAAAGCUGCCAGGCGCACUGUCCAACGCUCUGAGUUACUGGCUCACUGUCUGUACAAUAAGCAGAAUGGCGGGACUCGGUUGUUGGAAGUAUUAUCUCUGGAUCUUUAUUUUAAUGUGCAGGUCGGCGUUACCUUCUGCCAAAUCGCUGGAGACUAUAAUUUGGAGCUCGCAGAAUUCCAAUUUCUCCAUCGCUCCCCCAAGUGGGACUGAAACACAAUCAGGGUUUCUGCCUGGAAAAGGCCUGGUGAUCUACCCGGACAUCGGGGACAAAUUGGACAUCAUUUGUCCAAAAGCAGACCAUGGCAGAGAUUAUGAAUUCUACAAGCUGUAUCUGGUGAAGAGGGAGCAGGCGGAGAGCUGUAGUACAGUCCUGGAUCCUAAUGUCCUGGUCAACUGUAACAAACCAGAGAAGGACAUCAAGUUCACCAUCAAAUUCCAGGAGUUCAGCCCAAACUACAUGGGCCUGGAGUUCAAGAGAAAUGUCAACUACUACAUCACCUCAACCUCCAACGGUACGGUCGAGGGCCUGGAGAACCGGGAGGGAGGCGUCUGUAAGAGCCGAGCCAUGAAAGUCAUCAUGAAAGUCGGACAAGUCCCAAACGCAGCGAACCCCGCAGAGUCGGAGACUCCAGAAGACAACGCAAUACCAGAGUCCAGUCCAAGUCCGUCCGACCAGGACCGAAUCGGACCCGCAAUGCCAGGAAGCCCUGACCAAGUGAAUCAGGACCAGUCUGGUUCCUCCGCAAACUCAGACGGCAUCCUUAGCUCCAAAGUAGCUGUGUUCUCCUUCAUCGGCACCGGAUGCAUCAUCUUCCUCCUGCUUAUCCUCCUCCUCGUCAUCCUGCUCAUCAAGAUGCGUAAGCGCGCCAGGAAAAAUGCCCACUCGCAGCCUCGUCCCUCGGCACUGUCACUCAGCACGCUGUCCAAUCCCAAGCUCCCAGGGGGCACGGCUGGCACGGAGCCCAGUGACAUCAUCAUUCCUCUGCGGACAGAGAACAACUACUGCCCUCACUAUGAGAAGGUGAGCGGCGACUAUGGCCACCCUGUCUACAUAGUCCAGGAGAUGCCCCCGCAGAGCCCCGCCAAUAUCUACUACAAAGUCUGACACGCUCCGUGCAGCCUGCCACCCCGUCAGGAGAGAGAAUGAGAGGAGCGCUUGAUUUAUGUUCUUGGGAAGGACACUUUCCUUUGCAUUUUAUGGGACUUGAAGCUUCCUCGAGCCCAUGUUAUUUCUACCACCUGCUGCACAAAUCUGGAGAGACACACACUGACCAGUUACCAGCGGGGUUGUGAGCUGACUGUUGAGAGAGGUUUAUUCUGUUUGUUUGGGUUGUUUGACAAUCCCCUUCCCCCUCCUCCUUCCCUCAACUCCCAUCUUCUACACCUCCUCGAUGCGCUCCGAAAGAGGGGGCGGGGCUGGAGCGAACCAACAGAUGGAACUCUAGCUUCCUGGUUGGCUGUCCCCUUUAACGGGCAGGAUAUAACUUAUCUCAGUUCCCUGGAGUACAGUCCGUGCUACACCCAAUUAAACACACCAUCCUAGCACACUAGCCAGAAGCAGGCAGACACAGGCCCUGGAUGCCACUCAGCCUGCAGUUUGUGUGCAAGCAUAAAACGUGUGUGUGUGUGUGUGUGUCUGUGUGCAUGUGUGCGUGUGUGUUAGUCAGGGCUCUGUGCUGGGCCAGGGAACUCUCCAGAUAGCUCAGGUAUCAGACACAGUGUGUGAAAUGAUGUGUUCCUCUCCCUUCGCACCUCUGAUGUUUGCCUUACUUACUAUUUUUGAUGGAGGAUUUCCUCGAACCCUGAUUCAGUUCACAAAGCAGUUGUAUUUUGUUAGACUUUUCCUACAAGUGCACAAUGUAUAGAGUUGAAUAGAUCACCAAUAUUACUCCAUCUUUCACCAACCAUAUCACCCAUUGUACUAAUUUUUUUCCUGAGAACGUGACCUGGACUGUUGAUCUCGAGGUGUCUAUGUGUCUGUGUGUGUCUGAAGUUCCCCCUUCUCCACUGGUCUGAUAUGAGCUUUACCAUUACUCUGGUAUUUAUGACUUACGUGUGUGUAGUUGAGGGUGCGCCCUCUGUGAGUGUGUAUGCGUGUGUGAUUGGGCAUGUCAGGACUAGUUUUGUAUCUGGGCUGACUUAUUGACUUAGGGGCAGAACACUAAGUUACUGUAUCGCAAGCUGCAAAACAGGACGGAUAGACUGACAGGCUGACAGACAGACAGACAAGCCCUAAAUCUUACAACACCCUUCCUGCUCCACUUGGCACCCAUUGAAGGUUGUGUGCCUCUGAUGAGCUUUCCGGGAGCUGUUUUUUGAGACAGCAGGCAGGUUGAUAUUUGUUUGUUCUAGCUUCUGGUGCUACGGUGUUAGCAUCAAACAGUGAGUUAGUUUGGUGCCUGCUGCCUGGGCAAAAUGGGCGUAGGUUGGCGAUGAUUGGCCGGCCUACAUAGGUAGGAUGCCCUAAAUAUAAGUUGGAUGGCAAGAGCUACGGCUGGGAUACAGUAUUGUCAGAUGCCAAUUGGCUGCCAUCUGUAGAUGAAUUGGUGGAGUGCGCAGCCGUGCCUUCAUCGGCGUGUGACUAAUCUAUGUGCCAUCUCGGUGCCCACACUCACCAGCCGGAGAGAGAGAGAGCGAGAGAAUGUUCCCGUGACUUGGCUUUAACCUGAGAGGAAGAUUGAGGUGUUGAUGGGGAUAAGAGGGGGUGAUGGGUGAGGUGUUGGGCGGUGGUAAUUUAGCAUUAAUUUUUUCUAUCCUCUUACCAGUUGUGCUGUGAAUAAAAAUGCUGUGCAGGAUAUUCCACAGUCAAGGUGUUCAGCCAGCGAAGAGGACACUGCAGCUCAGCUAUCACACAGCCCAGGGCAGCAGCACUGAGACAGGAUUUACAGCAGCUGGGUGUGUGCGGGUGUGCACACCAAAGCUGGCUUUCAGGUGCUGAUGGUGUUCAAAUCUGUCUGCGUGCACAUGUUUGGUGCAUCUGUGUGUAAGUGCUCAUUUGUGCUUAUAUUUGCAUCUUUUUCUCUGUGUGUAUGUGUGAGCGUGUUUGUGAAUAUGUCUGUGGUGGAGCAGACAAACACUCUUGUUUUGGGAUUGGAUCUAGGUGCUCCAAACAGUGUGGUUGCCAAAGUACGGAGCACCGCAGUCCCAGUUAAUGAUGUGUGAGAGGAGAGGGGAGCAGAUAAGGACAGCUAUUCCUCAGCACAGACACGAGCUGAUGUUUGACGCACAUGUGCACACACAUGCGCAAACACACCAAGACUGACAAGUCCAGGUUUAUCUCCAGUAAAACGGUCAGACUGCCAGCCGAUGUUUUCUCACCGGCAGACACCUAUCAUCCGCUGCCACAUACUAUUGCCAUCCUCGGAUACACACUGCUGAGUUAAAAGGCAGCCCAGCUUGAAGACUCGGGGAAGACUCCAGUGGCUUUUUGCGUGUCGUUAACCUCAGAGUUAACAGCCUAAACAGCUGCUCUUGCUUUUGUGGUCCUGUGUUUUAACUCAGCAUGCAGCCCUCAGUGGCCCUCUGUGAAACACAUCUACAUCAAAUGUUUUUGUUUCGGAUCGGUGCGCAUCCAUUCACCUACACCAGCCAAGGGAGUCAUUACCAAACUACCACCAACCAUAUGUCAUUUUUAUUCAUUCUUGUGACCACUUAAUGUUAUUCAAUUUUUUUGAAAGAAAAAAUUAAAAAGAGAGAGAAAUGUAAAUAUAUGGAUAGAGCCCAAUUUAAGAUGUAAUUUCACCUGAACACUGCUCAUAAGAAAAAUUUAAGAUUAGAUUUUUGUAAUGGAGGAUGUUUGUAAAUAGCUGUCUUUUUAAAGUGUGUUUUGUAUGAAUCCUUGCAUUUUUGUCUCUGUUUGCAAUAUGUUUUUAUUUUCUUUUUCUUUUAGAGUUAAACUGAAUAUUGCAACGGACACAUGAGCUGUCUUUUUUCGCAGCGUCCAGUAUUGUCAAAAAGUCUUUGUUACCACACGUGUUUGAAUAAAUGGGGUUCAGAGUUUUUACAUCGCCAUUCAACAGGAUUCGAGUUGCUCAGAAACUGUUCGGGACGGAAGCUUUGUCAGCACUCGGCUUUGAAACGGAUAGGUCAUUGAAACUAUGAAUGAUAAGGCCACUUCCCUGUUGGAGACAGCACUUAGCUCUGCAUAUGAAGACUGUGUUAUUCCACUGCCUUUGAGUUACCUACACCUUCCACUCCAUUAUAAGACGUAACAAAAACAUUUUUGGUCCAGAAAGAUUAAUCUUUUCUCAGUUUUAAUAAGUCUAUUGGGCUAGACGGAGAGAAGGAGGGAGAAAAAAAGAGGCCACGAAUGAGAGUGUGACCGUUCUGCGCUCGCCAAUAAAUCAUCCGGUUUACACCACUCAUUAUCUCCCAGGCGGUCCUUUGUUUUAAAGUUGCUCUCACCCUCCUUUCCUAAUUUAGCUCAAAGAUGUUGGCUCAUGAUAUGAGCCGCACUGUAGGUUGAUUUCUGCUAUUGUUCAAAGCCACAGUAUUAUUUUUCAAUGUGCAUGUGUAAGCAAAACCUGUUGAAUUUGUUUCCCUUUGUUUGAAUCAUAACUGUCAAGUUUUGUUAUUUUAUUUUAAUUAUUUUAUUUUUUUUGCCACUCACUUUCUCGCCGCUUCUCAGCGUAACCUAUUGGCACCAGCUACAAUGGAAAUAACGUUCCACCAGUUUGGAAACUACCGCAUAUUGAUAAAUAAAAUUUUUCCCAUGGAAA